GACGCGUUUCUCUCACGGUCGUAUAUAUUGAGAGACGCACGUUAUUUCAUAUACGGAUGUUUAGUAGAAGUUGCGUUGUGAACAUGGCCAGCAAAGUCCCUAAAAUCAAAUUCAAUAACGGACAGGAAUUUCCUGUUUUCGGUUUAGGAACCUGGAAGUCCAAACCCGGUGAGGUAACACAAGCAGUCAAAGAUGCACUAGACCUAGGCUACCGUCACAUCGAUUGUGCCCACGUUUAUUUAAACGAACCGGAAGUUGGAGAAGCAUUAAAAACAAAACUUGGAGAUGGAACCGUUAAGAGGGAAGAAAUUUACAUUACUAGUAAAUUAUGGAACACAAUGCACAGACCAGACUUAGUAGAACCAGCAAUCAGAACUACUUUGAAAAACCUAAACUUACAAUAUUUGGACUUAUAUUUAAUUCACUGGCCUUUCGCGCUUCAGGAAGAUGGAGACCUAUUCCCAGUUGGCAAAGAUGGUAAAACCGCCUUUAGCGAUGUUGAUUAUUUGGACACGUGGAAAGCACUGGAAGCAUUAGUUGCAAAAGGAUUAACCAAAUCUAUUGGAGUUUCAAACUUCAACAAGAAGCAACUCGAGAGGCUAUUGGCUAAUGCUAAAAUUCCUCCAGUAACCAACCAAAUUGAAGUUCACCCAUACUUGAACCAACAAAAAUUAAUCGACUACUGCAAAUCGAAAAACAUCGUCGUAACAGCCUACAGUCCCCUGGGUUCACCUGACAGACCCUGGGCAAAACCCGGCGAUCCUCAAUUACUGGAUGACCCCAAAAUUCAAGCCAUCGCCAAGAAAUACGGCAAAACACCUGCCCAAGUUGUAAUCAGGUAUGGUCUUCAAAGAGGCCUUAUCGUUAUCCCUAAAUCUGUGACGAAAUCAAGAAUUCAACAGAACUUUGAUAUUUGGGACUUCCAGUUGUCUGCCGAUGAUAUUGCUCAAUUGAACACCUUCGAUUGUAAUGGAAGAAUCUGUCCCUAUGAUGAUGCCUACGACCACAAAGACCACCCCUUCAUUCGUGAUGAAUACUAGAUGAAGAGCCGUUUUUCCGAUUUUGUGAUUUGUACAAUUCGUUUUAUUUUUUACUACUAUUCAAAUAGGUCUAAUGCCACAUAAAAAUGCAAAUGUCAUUCAAAUCUUUAUAUACACUUCCUCAUUACAACGCACACCGUAUUACCUCUCAUAUUGUUAAUGUUGGUUUUAAAUAAAGAAAAAGUCCCAGAAUA